AUGCGCCGUGCGGCGUUUGCUCAGCUCGAGACCGCUACUUCAGCGGUUGAUGAUCGCCUCCAUCACACGACUGCGGUAAUACGAUCGCCAAACCCAACCCUAUCCGAGAUCCACCGUGGACUGCAGGACCGAUGGAAAACACCGUCUCCAGUCAUCGAUCCCCCGGUCCCUCAAGAUGAAACACUGCUGUCAGCCAGGAACCCGAAUGAGGAAUCAUCUUGGCAGCGUUGCGCAGUCACAUGGGAUCUGGUCGGGGUCAAGGAUGGUUGA